AUGGAUGGCCGUGGAUUCUGCUGUACCGUCCAAAGAAGACGUGAAGCCAGGUUCCUUCGGGCUACAGCUCCGGGCCGGCGCCAAGCGUGGAGUCUUGCAUGGCAAUUCCUCGGUCGGAUUACCAGGCACUCACAGCCUUUGCGGUCCAGCUCCUUGGAAGAGGUGGAGAAAAUGCUCUUCCACGCAAAGAAGCGUUAUGAGGAGCAGGAGCACCAAGAGCACUUGCACCAGGCAUUGCUUGGAUGCCUUUGGUAUGUUAGAGGCAUUUUUCUGCAGGAUGCUGUCAAGUAUGAGGAGGCUUGCAACAGCUUCAGCCAAGCAUUGCCGCUGCUGCAAGCUUCUUUGGGGAAGCACUGUUUGGAGGUGUCAGGCCGCUUUCUCAUGGUGUGCCUUAUGUAUGCCCAGCGAAUGGGAGAGGCGAUUUGCCUUGGUGAGGAGCUUCUGCGAAGGCAGCGCACGCCUGCCUUGCUGCGGCUGCUGGGAGAAAUCCUUAACCAACAGGGGUUGCAGCUCCAGGAUGUAAGCAGCGCAAGCAGGUAUUUCUUCUCACGGGCCGCGGAGCUUUUUCAAGAGGCUGAAGCCUUCGGUCCAGGCUACGCUCAUGCCUACACCAGUUGGGCCCUGUCUCAUACUAUGUUGGGCGACCUUGCAAAGGCUGAGGCAGUGGCAGAGCAGGCAGUGCGGAGGUGUCCUGGAUUUUGGGUACAUCCUUUGCAGCGGCCCAGCCACUUUCUGCCCAACAUCGCGUCCCAUGCAUGGCACGAGGACGGGAAAUUCGCAGGAGGAGGGCUUUGGAACAUUGUCAGUUUGGGAAACGAAGAAAGGAAGAACGAACGAAAGGCCAGAAGGGAAGGUCUAAAGUCUAAAGGUCUAAAGAAAGGGAAAGGGAAAGAAAAAGGAAGCUACUAG